CCCCAGUGCCCAGGGAUGCCUCCCCAUGGGGAUCCCCCUCCCCCCUCCCCCGCCUGGAGCUGGGCAACCUGUCAGUGCAAGGGCUGCUUGUGCGGCUCCUUGGAAUCCAGGCGUAAACAGGCCUGGCGCCCGUCACUUCCGCCUGGCAGGCGGGCAUCGUGGGCUGGCUGGCAGGCACACCUUCCCUGGGAGCCUGGAGGGCGCCUGGUUGCAAGUGCCGGUCAAGAACAAAGAGUAGAAGAUGUCAGACUUAUUCGUGAACAGCAUCCAACAAAGAUACCGGUAAUUAUCGAAAGAUAUAAAGGAGAGAAGCAGCUUCCCGUUCUGGACAAAACAAAGUUUCUGGUCCCAGAUCAUGUCAACAUGAGUGAGCUUAUCAAGAUAAUCAGACGGCGGCUGCAGCUGAAUUCCAAUCAAGCUUUCUUCUUACUGGUGAACGGACACAGCAUGGUGAGCGUCUCCACAUCCAUUUCGGAGGUGUACGAAAGUGAAAAGGAUGAAGACGGAUUCUUGUAUAUGGUGUACGCCUCUCAGGAAACGUUUGGCAUGAAAUCCUCCAUGUAAACCUUUGCCCCCCCCCCCCGGCUUGUAGCCUAGCCUAGUUUUUAUCCCCCCGCCCCUUUGCCCAGAAAAAAGAAAGGGAUGUCGCGCCACUGAUCUGCUCAGAGUAGUUGUGCUUUGCGGGAUGUUCUUAACGUCCCUUCCUUUUGUUUGUAAAUAUUUAACAGAUGAGCGCCAGUAUUGGACAAGCAGCCCAGCUUUGUAGACCCGCUAUACAUUUGCACAGGCAUACUUGCUUUUUAAAAGCCUCUGGAAUUGGAGCAAGACCCUAACGUGCAUGUUGACAAUAGUAAUAAUAAUAAAAAUGGUCUUACUCAAGUCACGGGAACUGGGGUAAAUGUUAAAUAGCCAACUGAAAUACGUCUGUGUGAUAUAUCCUGUUAAUUUAUAUUUCAGCUCCUAAAAACUGCUUCUCCUCAAAGGCAGGAGUUAAAAAUCUGCCUCUUUCAUUUUCUUGGUGUUUGGAAAAUCAGUGCACGUGGGGGGGGGGGGGAGAGAAAAAGGUUAGUUCCCUGGUAUUGCUACUUUAGACAAUACCAGCAAAACACCAGAUUGCUAAUUAUAACUAUAUACCAAGCAUAGCUUUAGUUUAGGAAGUGUGUAUUUUAAAAAUUGGGUUAUGUACUUAAUAGUUAAGAACGUUACUCCAAUAUAUUUGUAUUCUGUCCUGCAUCUUUUUUUCUUCUUUUAAUCAAAUCCGCCCAUCUCGCCCUCCAAAAAGAGGGCUUCCCUUUAUCCUUCAAAUGGUAAUAACAAGCAAGUGGUCAGAUCAGGUGCGGGCAAAGGCCAGCCUUUUAGCCAUCACCUUUGGGUGUCUUCAUCUUUUCACCCGCCUAGUUCUUGAACUGGAACAGGUGGAACAAAGACUGAAUCUGCGUUGCAUCCGUACUGAAAACCUUUGGCUUCCUUCCUUUUUAAUUUCACACUGAACAUAAUUUCACUUUAUUAAAGUCUAGACUGUAUCUAAAAUGACAAGAGUGCGUGUGGAUUCGAUUGCUACAACUUUGUAUCUGCUGCAUGUUGACUGAAUUUUCAUUUUGUUGUGAGUCCUGUGCAGAAGUAUUUCAGAUAUCCAUUUGGAUUCUUCAGAAAUGUAAAUUUACUGUUAUUUAUGAAUGUGCAGGUAGGAUGGUGUUGUAGAGAGCUCUCUUCCAGCAAGAUGAAACUAGGCUGAAUCUCAAUCCGCUGCAAGAGCUCGGCGUGCUAGCCAGCUUGUAGUUUGGGAUUUCACCUGUUCAGGGUUUGCUUUCAAAAUUGUCACUGUGAGAUCUCGUUGUAAAAAUGUAAUGUCUUCUGUGCAAUUUCAAACCAUCAACAAGGAUAACUGGAAAGACAA